CACCAUCGGUUGAUGACGGUUAACGUGACGAUCCACCUAAGACAGAACGCACUGCGAAACCGUUCGGGGCGACACAGUGUGCUACGCAGCGCAGCCCAGUUAGCAUCUGGCGCUUAAGCCGGGACGGUAGUUAUCGUUCGUCAGAUCGGGGAUGUGUUACGCACAUGUGCGUGUGUGAAUGGAAAACUGCACGAAGGUGACGAAAUUGUAACGGUGGUACGUGUAUCGAGUGUUUAGUGUACGACUGCAAUCAAACAUACGGCGCUGUGUUGUGGAGGGUUGUGCAAAACCCGAUUAAGGACCGUUGCCAAAAACAGGUCAAAUAAAUAGCAAAAAAAAAGAUGGACUUUCAACGAUCAACGACCGUCACGAGUACGGUCACUCGCAUCCCGGAAGAUGAGUACGUGAACCCGUUCGUGCUCAAGCUUGAUCUAGACGACCCGUGGGAAAGGCGGAAGACUUAUCUCAUGACGCUGCUGGUGCUUCCGCUUCGUGCCGUACUGAUGGGUGUUUGUUUGGUGGUGGCGUGGGCGUUCGCCUCCAUCGGUCUGUACGGGCUAACCGAGAAGGAGCGCCGUUCGAUACCUAUUUCCGGCUGGCGACGUGAAAUGCGUGAAUUGACCGCACUGGCGAUGCGUUUGCUCUACUUCUUCGGCUCAUUUCAUCGUAUCAAAGUGAACGGUGUGUGUGCGUCACCCCGUGAGGCACCAAUCGUCGUCGUUGGUCCCCACUAUAGUCUGUUCGAUUCGAUCGUUGUCGCUUUCUGUGGUCCAUCGACCGUGGUAGCGAAAAGUAAAGCCGCAGAUCUACCCCUCAUUGGCAAAAUAAUCGACAUCACCCAACCGAUCUACGUCUGUCGGGAGGAUCCAAACUCACGCCACAUGACACGCCAUCUCAUCAUCGAGCGUGUCAUCUCAAAGGAGGAUUGGCCGCAGAUCUUAAUCUUCCCCGAGGGUACGUGCAGCAACGGGAAGGCGGUGGUACAGUUCAAACCGGGCGCAUUUGGACCGGGAUUACCGGUGCAACCGGUGGCGAUUCGUUACCCGAACGCGAUCAACACGGUAUCCUGGACGUGGCAGGGUCCUGGAGUACCGAUACUGUUGUGGCGCACGUUAACCUCCUUCCAUACCGGGCUCGAAAUUAACUUCCUACCGGUGUACUAUCCCAACGAGCAGGAGCGUAGUGAUGCGAAGCUGUAUGCGCUCAAUGUCCGGAACUAUAUAGCCCAGUCGUUGGGAAUUCCUGGUACCGAGCAUGGAUACAAUGACUGCAAGCUCAUGAACUAUAUGAUCGCAAUCGGCAUGCCAUACUUUGCGUGGAGUCAUGAUAUUGGAAAGAUGCGUAAAUGGCUUGGACUUGCUGAUGGAAGCGUGGAACAGAAUUUGCUAGACCAGUACGGACCGUUUACGGAGAAAAACUCUCACAUCUCGUUGAACGAAUUUGCCCAAAGAUUGAACAUUUCCGUGGAGAACGAUUCGACGAGAAUUCUGUUCAAAAUAUUCAACAAGGAUAACGAUAGUACAGGAGUAAUUGACUUUAGAGAAUAUCUACUUCUUGCAUUGUUUAUGUCCAGCAUGGGCAAACCAAAACUCGAGCUGUUGAAGCUUUUGUUCAAGCUGUACGGCGAAGAACAAAAUUUGGUUGCAAGAGAUGGUCUGUACUUAGCAGUUAAGUAUCUAUCCUCUAUUACGCCGGAGCAGUGCGAUCAGCUAUUCGCUAAGGCAGACACCACCAAUCGAGGCCUCAUUACCUUCGAGCAAUUUGAGCGAAGCAUCAACUGUCACCCGAUUUUGAUCGAUCUGCAGGAAUUGAACGAACCAAAGCCGUAUGCAGCACCGCAGCAAACGCAAACGAGCUAGACGGAUCGGACCGGUGCUCGUUAUAUUGCCAAUUCCGCCAUGCGUGUUGGCCAGUUUGAUUUAAUGGUAUUAGCGUAAUGAUAAUGAUACUGCUACAAUAAUGUUACUUUGGUUUAUUGAGCGUGUAAUGCAUCAGCGACAUGCA